AUGAAGGCAACAAUCAAGGUCACUGUAGACCACACUGUGAUUAAACAGCUCAAGAUAAAUCUCAACGGCCAUGUCACGAAAGUGACCGUGGAGGCGAGGCUGCCGCCGCCGCUGCCGCAAGCACAAUCACAACAACAACAACAACAACAACAACAACAACACGGAGGCGAGAACGUGACAGACGAAGACUAUUUUCUGUCAGCCCUCUUCGAUUCGAAACGACCGUAUGCAGCAAACUGGCCUCUUAUUGUGUCGACACUGAAGCCGAUAUAUAUCCCUAGCAAUGGUGGGAGUUCGUGUGGCGUGUGGGCAGCAUUUUCAUGGCUUGUCGCAAUCAUGAAAGAUGGGUCAAGGGCUAUUCCAGCUGCUCGUGUCAAGAAAAUUCUACUUGGUGGGAUCUUCUUGACGGUUGACGCUAUCCCCGAAAACCCGGAACACGAGGACGAGGAUGCGUCCACCUUAUAG